AUGGGAUCUAACAUCGAUGGAAUCCUACGCGAAAAUCUGACGUUGGAGGAGCUGCAGGAGUGGUUGACCAGCAGCGAGGGCAAUAAAUUGGCCAUUGACGAUCAUAUAAAGGCCACGCAGGGCCGCGUGCUGCCGCUCCGCCUGCUGUUCAACGAGUUCCUCCGGACCAUAUCGCAUAUCGAGCAGCUCAGCGACAAGACGCCGCAGGAGAAGUUCCAGCUGAUACGAAGCAAGCUGCAGGAGCUCUACGGCAAGCUGCACGCGCUGGUGCGCGACUUCCAGCGGCUGCAGCCGCUGUUUGACACGAUGGUGCCGUUCUCGGAGACCAGCGAGCGCAAGUUCUACCCUAAGGAGACGCUGGGCACCGCGGUCGAGCCCGUGCGGCCACUCGCGUCACCGUCGUACCGGCGCCCCAGCAACCGCUCGAGCGCAGACACCCCCAGCAGCAAUGCGCCCACGCCGUCGGCCGCGGUGGUCUCGGGCGCCGCGCUCGUGGCGCCGCAGGUGAAGCACCAGCGCCGGCCGCGCACCAACACCGCGAAACGGCAGCCGUCCGUCAGCGCCAGCGUGGUGCCCAGCGCCAACAGCUCCGGUCCGGCCACCAUUCCGGGCGCCACACCGCUCAUGCUGUCCGGCAUGUCCCCGCUCAACAUGGUGGCCAGUCCACUCAACGGAAUUUCGCCCAGCCGUAAGCCCGCGCAGCCACAUCACCAGACCACGCCCUCGGCCGCGCUGGGCAUGCAGCCCAUGCAGCAGAAGCAGAUGUCCAUCCAGGCCAAAGCGACCCCGAGCAAGUCGGGCACCAUCAGCUCUGCAAAUCUCACGCCGCAGAGCAUCCUCAACAUGUCUGCUUUCGAGAACAGCGCCGGCGGGGUGCCGAAUUCCGCCGUGCCUCUGAACCAGAACAACAACGCAAUAAUGGGGUUUCCUACAGACAUCGACAACAUCGAUCUCAACGCGCUUGAGCUGGGCUCAUUAAACAUGGAUUUGCUGGGAUAG